AUGGAUGCGCCCGUGUUCGCUAUCAGCUGCACCAUAUUCACGAUCAGCUUGGUCGCAGUUGGGCUACGUUUCCAUUGCAGGCGAUUGACGAAAGGCGUUGGGUGGGAUGAUGGGUUUAUACUCGUCGCUGUCGCUCUAGAGAUUGCAUUAUUUGCAGUCUCUGUCUAUUUAUGGAAUGAAGGAUACUAUCGUGUUUCGCCAGACCGAAUUGAUAAGGAUAUUCUCUGCGUCCUCCUUGUUUUCGAAUCCCUCUAUUUGACCUCCAUGUGCUUCACAAAACUCAGCGCCAUAUAUUUAUACAUGAGAAUAUUCAUCCACAAGUCGUUCCGAGUACUCUGCCUGACCAUCGGCUCUAUCAUAAUACUGUUGUAUAUAGCAGUAUAUGUACAAGUUUUCACCCUUUCGGAGGUCGCGGCAGACCUCUGGGGAAAACCAAUAUUCGGUCACGUUGUGGAUAAUAAGAAGGUUGACAUUGGGAAUGCAGUUUUCAACGUGGUCACGAAUGCCAUCGUCCUUCUUCUACCCAUACGACCUAUCUGGACGCUAAAGAUGAGGGUUAGGUCCAAGAUAAAUUUAACGGUACUCUUCGGUCUGGGACUCUGCGUCACCGUGGUCUCCUGCAUACGAAUAAGUGCUCUUCUACGCGCAAACAAGUAUAUAACAUCCACGGUCGUUUCCUACGGUAGUCGUGAUAUGCACCUUCGUGUGCUCGAGCCUGAAUUGGCCAUCUUCUCACUCUGCCUUCCCGUGCUGCGUCCAUUCUGGCUCAAAGUGCGAGAGAGCUACGGUUACGUUACGGAGCAUUUUCGCAGCGGCUGUCAGUGUAAUAAGCUGGCCCCGAGCAAGGCGGAUGACGAGGAACAUCUAUUAUAUUGCAGUGGACCAAUCGCCAGCACUGUUACCAGCAUCAGUGCCAGUACACCGAGACUGCCAGUAGCUGAAAUGGGCCUGUGUGAUAUACUUAGACAAAAGUCCAAGUCUGUAUUCUCUGGAAACUCAGUGCGACCACCGAAGCCUGCAGUUAUAAAAGUAGAAAGAACUUAG